AUGGAGGAGACAAGCCUGAGAAAAAGGCGAGAGGAUCAGAAGUCCAUCCAGAGUAAUGAACCCAAGACCACAAGUCUCCAAAAGGAGGUGGGCCUGCUCAGCGGCAUCUGCAUUAUCGUGGGCACCAUCAUCGGCUCUGGGAUCUUCAUUUCCCCCAAGUCUGUGCUCAGCAACACGGAAGCCGUGGGGCCCUGUCUCAUCAUAUGGGCGGCGUGUGGCAUUCUUGCAACACUGGGUGCUCUGUGCUUUGCGGAGCUUGGCACGAUGAUCACCAAGUCAGGGGGCGAGUACCCAUACCUGAUGGAGGCCUUCGGCCCCAUCCCUGCCUACCUCUUUUCCUGGACCAGCCUGUUCAUCAUUAAGCCCUCCUCCUUCGCCAUCAUCUGCCUCAGCUUUGCCGAGUAUGCGUCCGCGCCCUUCUACGCGGGCUGCCAGCCUCCUCAGGUGGUUGUUAAGUGCCUGGCGGCCGCGGCCAUCUUGGUCAUCACUACGGUGAAUGCGCUGAGCGUGCGGCUGGGCAGCUACGUCCAGAACGUGUUCACAGCGGCCAAGCUGGUGAUCGUGGCCAUCAUCAUCAUCAGCGGGCUUGUCCUCCUGGCUCAAGGAAAUACAAAGAACUUUGAAAAUUCUUUUGAGGGCGCAAAGCUGUCCGUGGGAGCCAUCAGUCUGGCAUUUUAUAACGGACUCUGGGCGUACGACGGAUGGAAUCAACUCAAUUACAUCACAGAGGAACUUAAAAACCCUUUCAGAAACCUGCCCCUGGCUAUCGUCAUCGGGAUCCCGCUGGUGACAGGGUGCUACAUCCUCAUGAAUGUGUCCUACUUCACCGUGAUGACAGCGACCGAGCUCCUGCAGUCACAGGCGGUGGCCGUGACAUUUGGUGACCGUGUUCUCUAUCCAGCCUCUUGGGUCGUUCCACUCUUUGUGGCAUUUUCAACCAUUGGUGCUGCUAACGGGACCUGCUUUACAGCGGGCAGACUCGUUUAUGUUGCGGGCCGGGAAGGCCACAUGCUGAAAGUGCUCUCUUACAUUAGCGUCAAGCGCCUGACUCCAGCCCCUGCCAUCAUCUUUUAUGGUAUCAUAGCCACCAUUUAUAUCAUUCCUGGUGAUAUAAACUCAUUAGUCAACUACUUCAGUUUUGCUGCCUGGAUGUUUUAUGGCCUGACGGUUUUGGGGCUGAUCGUGAUGAGGUUCACGAGGAAAGACCUGGAAAGACCUAUCAAGGUGCCCAUUUUCAUCCCCGUCUUGGUGACUCUCAUAUCCGUGUUUUUGGUUUUGGCCCCAAUCAUCAGCAAACCCGAAUGGGAGUACCUCUACUGCAUGUUAUUUAUACUGAGCGGCACUAUGUUUUACUUCCUUUUUGUCCACUACAAGUUUGGAUGGGCUCAGAAAAUCUCAAAGCCCAUCACCAUGCACCUUCAGAUGCUGAUGGAAGUUGUGCCACCGGAGGAAGCUCCCGAGUAA